CUGUCUUUAAUAAAAAAAGUAAAUACAGAAACUGUUGUUCCUGACCAGUUUCUCACCAAAGGAUGGAGAUUUCAGAUAUCACAGAAGCCUAUGCCACAACCACAGAAUAUGACUAUGGAGACUCCACUCCAUGCCAAAAGACUGCUGUAAGAGCCUUUGGAGCUGGACUCCUGCCCCCGCUGUACUCUCUCGUGUUCAUCAUUGGCGUGGUAGGCAACAUCCUGGUGAUUCUGGUGCUCAUGCAGCAUAGGAGACUUCAAAGCAUGACCAGCAUCUACCUGUUCAACCUGGCCAUCUCUGAUCUGGUCUUCCUCUCCACAUUACCUUUCUGGAUUGACUACAAGCUGAAAGACAACUGGAUUUUUGGCGAUGCCAUGUGCAAGCUUCUUUCUGGGUUUUAUUACCUGGGCUUAUACAGUGAGAUCUUCUUUAUCAUCCUGCUGACAAUUGACAGGUACCUGGCCAUUGUCCAUGCUGUGUUUGCCCUGAGUGCCAGAACUGUCACUUUUGGCGUCAUCACCAGUAUUAUCACCUGGGUCCUAGCCAUCUUAGCUUCUGUUCCUGCCUUAUACUUUUUCAAGGCCCAGUGGGAGUUCACCCACCAUACCUGUAGCCCUCAUUUCCCCUUCGAGAGCCUGCAUAAGUGGAGGAAGUUUCAGGCUCUAAAGCUAAACAUCUUUGGACUAGUUUUGCCUCUGUUAGUCAUGAUAAUCUGCUAUUCAGGGAUCAUCAGAAUUCUGCUCAGACGGCCCAGUGAAAAGAAGGCCAAAGCCGUGCGUCUGAUAUUUACUAUUACGCUUCUAUUCUUCCUCCUGUGGACCCCCUACAAUCUGGCUGUACUUGUUUCUGCUUUCCAAGAUUCUCUAUUCACCAAUCUAUGUGAGCAGAGCAAGCAGCUGGAUCUGGCCAUGCAGGUGACUGAGGUGAUUGCCUACACACACUGCUGUGUCAACCCAAUCAUUUAUGUCUUUGUGGGUGAGCGGUUCCGGAAGUACCUUCAGCAACUGUUUCAAAGGCAUGUGGCUAUACCACUGGCAAAAUGGUUGCCCUUCCUCUCUGUGGACCAACUAGAAAGGACCAGUUCUGUAUCUCCAUCCACAGGAGAACAUGAGCUCUCUGCUGGCUUCUGAUUCAGACCGUAGGCGUCAAGCAAGGUCUAGAAGAGAAUGAGGAGAUCGUAUAUAGCUCUCCAAGACAGACACUGACAGCUGUUACAGUGAGGAUUCCCAAUCUUGUAGGCGCAAAGGGAACUUGGAGGUAGCUUAGGUAUGAGUCACCUCUUUAAUGGUUUCCUUGAACUUCUCUCUUUAGAAAGGAGAUAAAUAAACAAAAUGGGACGUUCCAAAAACUGGAAUAAUGGUGCCAAUGGGUGGCUUGGAUCCAAAGAGGGAUAGAAUCUAUGGUUACUAAUUUAAAAACAAAGCCACUACUUUUACUGGACUCUACUCCUAAUGAUGUGAUAUUCUGAGAAAAUUUUAAAGCAUCGUAAUAGAGAAGACUUUUGCAUACGUGCAUAUUGAAGUAUAUCAUAAAGUAUGAUGUUAUGUCAAAAAAUUAAAACUGUAACGAACUAAAGUUUUUCUAUCCAGUUAUUCUAAGUAAUUAGCAAAGAAACGAAUAGAUCACAGAAUAAAUGAAAUAGCAUUAAUGUGAAAAUAUUCAUCAUAAGGAAAUAACAAUUAUAAUAUAAAUGUUUUUUGGAUGCUAAGAGUGGUGAAUAAAUAUUAUUUCAUUUUACUGCUGAAAAUGCACAGUACAAGUCCAGAUACGGCAAAAAAAAAAAAAAAUAGUCGCUGACUUGUAGUUUGAUACAAAUGUAUUUCUGAAGAGAAAUUUGAAAACUUCAAGAAUACUCAAAAGCUAAGUAGUCAAUUCUAGGGUGAUAUUAACAAAUGCUAUUAAAAUUUCAUAUAGUUUAAUAAUUUCAGAAAUAUUAAAUGUCAGUCAAUAUGGUGUAUUUUAAGGAAUUUUUAUUGAUCUGGGAAUAUGUUCAUAGUAUUAUUAACUUUAAAUGGAAAAUAAAAAACUGGCAAAAUG